UUCGAAUCUCGCGAGAAACAUUUCCCAAUCAUGGCCAACUCGUGUAUCACUGAGUACAAAGAGCAGCACGUUUAUACUCACGAGGACGGGAUCUCCUCUGCAGAGUGCGCAAAACGAUACUCAGAAUGGGCACAGGCCGGCAAGUAUGAAGAAAUACCUAUGACGCAGCCGUCAUAUCCGGAGGCAUGGGAGAGGGACACAUUCCUUGCAGUGGAAUGAAAGAGCUCCUACGUGUUGUCAAGCCAGGCGGCUACGUGGUAGUUGUGAUGAGACAGCAGUACCUGAGCAUCGUGCCUGAGUACAUAGACCGGCUGGAGCCUCUGAUGAAGAAGCUGGAGCAACAGGGCAAAUGGGAGGCGGUCUCCAGGACGGUCGUUCCCAGAUACUCCUUCACCAACGACGGCGUGGUUUUUGUCUUCAAAGUCAAAGCUAGCUUGCCAUAAAUUUAAAUAAAGGGUAUGAGAAACGUUCAUGCUGUUCGAAAUGGUAUAGGUUUCCCGCACCUUGCAACAUUCUAUGUUUAUUUCACCCUAUCCGUACGCUCUGGGGUGAUUUUUUACCCCCCGGGUUGUAUUCUUCACAUUUUAGAAUAC